CAACUUCAGGUACAAGAAGCAAACUGGGAACUCUACAAAAAACAGAAGGCAGCAGAAGCAGUCCUCUACGAGAAGGAGAAAGAAGCCGCUGCCCAAAAGGCAUCGGCAGAGGCAGCAUUCUACGCACGCCAGCAACUCGCAGAUGGAGAAUUGUAUGCGAAGAAGAAAGAAGCCGAAGGAAUCGUGGCGCUGGCGCAAGCCCAAGGCGUAUAUCUACGCACACUCCUUGAUGCUCUGGGCGGAAACUAUGCUGCAUUGAGGGAUUAUAUGAUGGUGAGUGGCGGAACAUUUCAAGAGAUUGCCAAGAUUAAUGCUGAGGCUGUACGAGGUCUGCAGCCUAAAAUUACCGUUUGGACUAAUGGAGGUGGUGGCGCGGAGGCCUUGGAUGGUGGUGGGAGUGGCGGCAGCACCGCAAUGAAGGAAAUUUCCGGCGUUUACAAGAUGCUACCACCGUUGUUUAGUACUGUCCAUGAACAAACCGGAAUGCUGCCACCAUCAUGGAUGGGCACCUUAACCCACUCGGCCCAUGACCAGUCUACCAUGAAUUGAGAAGUGUUUGUCUUGUCCAAUACUUCUCUUGGCCUAUUAUGUCUAAAAAAAUAAUUAAAAAUUUUAAAUUUAGUAUUAUUCAAAAUAUAUAGUGAAAUUUGGAUAGGGAUAUAAAUUGUUGAAUAACGAUAUAAAUCCCCGAUACCAUGUAUGCCAAAAUAAGAUCAAGAUAUAAAAUAAUAGAA